UAGUAGUGCAUAGCCAUAUUGACGAAGCUGGAAAAAUCUAAAAGUGGCACAAAAAAGAAAUCCUAGGCUGAAGAAGAAAGGUUAAAUUUCCCUGUAUUUGGGAACCUUAUCUAUGCAACUCCAUAAGAAGAGAGAAGGAGUGAGUGAGUGAUGCGAGUAACUGAAAGCAUGAAUUCCCUUUUUCUGCAGAAUGCAAACCCAAUGCACUUCACUUUCCACACCCAAACCAUUUCCCCCAAACCAAAACCCAUCCAACAGCGCUAUUACCCACGCUUACGAUGCUGCAUCGAAAUCGACAUGGUGAAGAACAACCAAGGCAUCUACGCCCCCAAAAACGACAAAGUCGUUGUCCUCUGGGACCUCGACAACAAACCCCCUCGCGGCCCUCCAUACGACGCCGCCGUUUCCCUCAAAACCCUCGCCCAAAGCUUCGGCCACCUUGUCGACUUCUCCGCCUACGCCAACCGCCACGCCUUCGUCCACCUCCCUCAGUGGGUCUUAAACCAACGCCGCGAACGCCGAAACCUCGACAUCUUCGAACGCAAGGGCAUCGUCACUCCCUCCGAAUCCUACACGUGCGGCGUGUGUGGCCGCAAGUGCAAGACCCACUUAGACCUCAAGAAACACUUCAAGCAGCUACACCAGCGCGAGCGCCAGAAGAAGCUUAAUCGCUUGAAGUCGCUUAAGGGGAAAAAACGACACCGUUUUAAGGAACGGUUCCUUCGCGGUAACCACAAGUAUGAUGAGGCUGCAAGGACCUUGAUUGUUCCUAAGGUUGGGUAUGGACUCGCUGCGGAGUUGCGGCGUGCUGGUGUGUUUGUGAAGACGGUCCAGGAUAAGCCUCAGGCUGCGGAUUGGGCGCUGAAGAGGCAAAUGGUGCACUCCAUGAGUAGAGGAAUUGAUUGGUUGUUUUUGGUUUCUGAUGAUUCGGAUUUUUCGGAGAUGUUGAGGAGGGCGAGGGAGAACAAUUUGGGAACUGUUGUGGUUGGGGAUUGGGAUAGGGCUUUGGGUAGACAUGCUGAUUUGUGGGUUCCUUGGAUUGAGGUUGAGAAUGGGGAAAUUUCGGGUGGGGAUUUGGUGUUGAAGAAAAGGGAGGAGAAGAGGAGAAUGGAUGAAUUGGAGCAAGAUGGGUUGGUUUUUUAUGAGGAUGAAGAUUUGGAUCAAGAGUUCUUGUUGGUGUACAGCGAGGAUGACGAGGACUAUGAAGAAGAAGAAGAAGAAGAAAAGUUUUAUAUUUAUUGAUUAUUUUUGGAUGAGGAUGAGUCUGUUUUCAAUUUGGAAUCAAUUAUACCCAAAUAGAGGUUGAACGAUGUUCAGUCGAAGAUUAUAUAUGUAGCAAAGUGGCAUCUUCUACUUGGAUUGGAGGGCACCCCAUUGCAUUGCCUUCCAUUGAGGAUUGAGGAAUGAAGUCCUCUUUUUUAAUGCUGCCUCGUGCAAUGCAAUUUUCUUCGCCUUUCCUGUUCCCGUAAUUUAGGUUUACAGGCUGCUAAAGUUUUAUGUGUGGAAGCAAAUAUGAUAAUAGGAAUAAUGACUGUUUGCCGAUGAUAUUCUGUUGAUAUAAAGUGGAAGAAGGUAAUCUUGUCACUUUUCUAUGAAAUUUCUUGUUGGACUCAUUCCUAGAUUUUCUUUUGAUAUUCUUAUGGUUAAUUACUUUACCCCUGAAAAUAUGAAUGUGCUUGGAAUACAAUACAUUCCUCAUUUUUUGUUAAUCUUAGUAACGAAGGAUAAGGCCAGUGGUGAUAUUUCAGAGAAUAUAGAGAAAAUUAUUUAAAAGGGAUUUUAUGGUAAAUAAUAUUUCAAAGAAUCAAUCUCAAUAGCUUCUAUGAUUCAUGUAGUUAACUUCAUUUAGUGAGAUAAUACUUGUGUAUUUACGAGAGAUGCAUUUAUAGUUAGAUAAACAAGCAGGAACCUUCGGUGCAGUUUUGCAUUUGGAUCUAGGCUAUGAUUGGAAGUAGGGUUCAAGGUUUGCUUUUGACUCUAAUCUGCGGAAGAUCAGUUUCUCAAGCAUAGAAAAUUUGCGUUCCUGCUGGAAUUGACAACUCACCAUGGAUGAGGAGACACAUGGACAUGAGAAUACAACUCGAUGUAGUUCUUGAAAUUGUAACAUUUGAUUCAUUUACUAUACAGAAUCUUUGCUUUAGUUCAUUCCCCUAAUUUAGUUUGUAGAAUGACAUUUAUUUAACUUUUUGGUCAAAUUGAUAUUAGAAAAUAAAGUGAAAAAAUUGUUUUAAAAAAAAUCAAACUAAAAUGAGAAUU